CCCACACUCUCUCUCUCUCUCUCUCCCUCUCUCUCUCUCAAUCUCUCUCUCUCUCGUGCCGUCCCGGACGAUUUCUUUAAUUUGAAGGGCACGGGGAAGGGACAGGACUCACAGGCGUGCGCGUGCUGUCGCAGCCUGUGUCUUUAAACGCAGGAGGGACAUUUGUGUUUCUGAGAUGUAGCCUGACCAGCAUCGCUUUUCAAACCCACCUGUCAUCUCCCCGCUUAGGAAGGAAGGAAGGAAGGAGGGAGGGAGGAAAGGCGCUGGGAUGCCGAUGGUUUCAUCUGGGAGGCGACUGGAAGGGAAAGUUCAGCCUGUUUUCGGUUAACGAUUCACUUCUUCUUCUUCUUGUGAUUCAUGUAAAUUCACAACCUCCACCGAGGCUGCCGAGACCGACCGACCUUUACAUCUGUAGAAGCGGUUUACUCAAGAUCCAUCAGCUUCAACACAGAAUCAUCAACACAGAAGCACCCAAACAGAAAUCUUAAGAAAUGGACCAAAAUACUCCGAUCCAAAGCCAGACGCAAGAAGACAACCCAAAGGGAGCAGCAGAAGCUUUAACAAUAACUCCAGCUGCAGCAUCAGAUACAGCGGCUCCAGACACACUUUCCACUGCCAACCAGCCUGCAGCUCAUGCCAGGCCUCGACGCCCACAGAGAAGUGCCAGAGUAGAGGGCUCCGUAGACAUCGCUGAGCCCAAAGCUGAGCCCAAAGUUGAACCCACUCCAGUGGCGAACCAGGAGGAGUGCACUCCUGAUGGCGCUGUGGCAAGUCGCCCCAAACCCUCUCGCCCUGCAACAUUCAAACCUUUAGGAGAGCUCACCAGGCCCAGCCCUAAGGUUGGUCCUAAAGGACCGGGCCACCACCCGAUUAGGGCUGCGACAGUCUCCCACGCACCUGCCAGCAGGCCUGUGGCUCCUCACCUGAACCCUCAUGCACAGAGAGCCUUCUCUGUAGCAGGUACAGCUGACACCCAGGCCCAGACUGUGGAAGACUUCAGGCUGCACGUCAUCACUUGGAACGUGGGUUCGGCCACACCACCUGAUGACAUCACUGCCUUGCUGGGGCUGAAUGUGGGUGAUGGAAACACUGACAUGUACAUUAUCGGGCUGCAGGAAGUGAACUCUAUGAUUAACAAAAGGCUGAAAGAUGUCCUCUUCACAGACCAGUGGAGCGAGGUCUGCAUGGAGAGACUCAGCCCCUUUGGUUAUGUGCUGGUGACCUCCCAGCGGAUGCAGGGGUUGCUGCUGCUGGUCUUUGCCAAGUACUUCCAUCUGCCCUUCCUCCGCGGAGUCCAGACUGAAACCACCCGCACUGGCCUGGGGGGUUACUGGGGAAAUAAAGGUGGCGUGAGCGCCCGCAUGUCAGCGUUCGGCCACACUAUCUGCUUCCUCAACUGCCACCUGCCGGCUCACAUGGAAAACUCUGGGCAGCGCAUGGAGGACUUUGAGAGCAUCCUGCAGCAGCAGCAGUUUGAGGGCCAGACUGCCUCUGGUGUUCUUGACCAUGAUGUGGUGUUCUGGUUUGGGGAUCUAAAUUUCCGCAUUGAUGACCUGGAUAUGCAAGUGGUGAAAUCAGCCAUCGAUAGCAACAAGUUUCCAAUGUUGUGGGAAAAGGAUCAGCUCAAUAUGGUCAAAGACUGUGAGACAGUGUUGGAGGGUUUCCAAGAGGGACCGCUGAAAUUUCCUCCCACCUACAAGUUUGAUGUUGGGACAGAUACAUAUGACACAAGUGGGAAGAAGCGUAAACCAGCUUGGACCGACCGGAUCCUGUGGCGCCUGAGAGCCACUGCUACUGCCAGCGCUGCUCUCAGCGCAGGGAAGCGGGGCUCCAUGUCGGGGCUGACCAGUGGGACCAAAGUGACACAACACUACUACCGAAGUCACAUGGAAUACACCGUCAGUGACCACAAACCAGUCUCCUCCAUCUUUACCCUGCAGUUCCCGUACAAAUUGGACGUUCCCCUGGUCACAAUCAUGGUGGAGGAUGAGUGGAAUAGUAUUGCUGAUGCCAUAGCAAAAUUCCAACUGGUGCCCAACUACCCACGCAGCUCCUGGGACUGGAUCGGACUGUACAAGGUGGGUUUCAAGCACCAUAAGGACUAUGUGGGAUACGUGUGGGCCAAGCAAGAGGAGGCUGACUUUACUCGACAAGACCAUCAGGUAACCUUUACCGAGGAAGAACUGCCCAAAGGCUCAGGGGACUUUAUCUUGGGUUACUAUAGCAACAACAUGAGCACCAUUGUGGGUGUAACGGAGCCAUUUCAGAUCCAGCUUCCCACUUCAGGACUUGAUGCCAGUUCUUCUGACAGCUCUGACUUCAGCUCGGAUGACGACGGCACUGUCGUCCCCACGAAGACGAGGUCCCGUAGUCCCAGUCCACGCAAAGCCAAGCACCGCAGCCAUCGCAGCCAUUGCAGCCACACCCGCAGCCGCUCCGGCAGCCCCGCACAGGCCAAAAUGAAAGCCCUCGAGGUCACCGCCACGACAGCUGAGAGUGAGUUCACGGGACGUCCAGCAGAGGACAGUAGCGACCAGGUGUCCGCUCCUGAGGAGAAAGAAAAAGACACAGAGGGUUCAGGGGUGUGAUACACAAUCUAGUCCUGCUGUUGUCACAGGUCACAUAGCCAACUGUUGUGUCUUUUAUCAAAUACAUCCAUUACACUGUAUGUUUUCUGUGAUGAAAAUAUACAGUUUCUGAUGCCAUCCUUUUCAGGAAAAGCCAUCUGGUUUGUCCAGAGGGCUUACUUUGCCUUGAGUUGUUCUAUUGAGCUGUGCACAUUGUAUAUUUUUUAUUUGUAAACCUUUCACUCUGUCCUGUGUUUCUUCUACCUUUGUCCGUUCUCAGGUGUGGACAGUACAGGGAGCUGACACCUUGCAUUAGGAAAUACUCAAGGAUGCUAUGGUCAUGUAGAGUAAAAGAGUGGUUACUUAAUACUCUUUAGAAACCAUCUUCCCCAUAUUCCGACAGUGAUUUGAUACUCUGCACUGUCGUAGCAGUCAUGUCAGCAGGCUGCAUACCAACAACGGUAAACGGUUUUGAGUACGACAUACUUGACACAAACAUUUCACACAAAUCGUUUGCUUUAGUCGUGAAACAUGUGUCGCUCUGACCAAGAGGAGCAUAGAGACAUAGUGGAGAAAGCAUUUUAUUCCAAAAACAUUCUACAUAAGCAUCACCAGCUCUGUCAACAAUCACUUAUUUUAUUUAGCUUCUGCAAAUCUGCAAACGGAGAUAGCCAUGCAAUUUGACUUGGCGCUAUACGUCUACUAUUGUGGAUAUUCCCUGCUUUGGAAAUUCAGCAUGCUUUACACGGCAACAUGAUGCAUAACACGCAGGGAGCAUUUCAAAUGAUCCACCGAUAAGAAUAAAGACCCUCCAGGGUGCAUGAUAAAACAGAGCAGAACCAAAGUGGGUGGAGACGGGUUCAGGGGGCUCGGCCACCAGUUAAGUUAGCUUUUGAAAUGAUUUACCCAGAAAACGAGAAAAAUCACAUCUUAUUCAUUUUUUUCCUCCAUUUUCAAUAAGUAUUAAAAUAACAUUUUGUGUGUGAUGAUUUCAGCACAGAAGCAAGUAAAAUGCUGAUAAUCAAUCUGGAUGUCUCUGACAAAUGUGAGCAGGAGCUCUACUAUGUAGAGCUACUAUGGGGCUUUGCAUUGUACGAUACAAAGCUCCACUGUCGUGAAUACCACAAUGCCAAUGUGAUAUUUAAAAUACAUGAAAUGGUCCUAUCUAAUGUUUCAUUUUCUUUCUAUGAAUUUGACUUUUGCUUUCUUUUCUUUUUUAAGUUCACUGCUCCUGUUACUUGUUUAGUGUUUUCUUUUGCUCAGAUCCUUCCUAUCUGAUCCUAGUGGUUAGCUGACCCUGACAAUAGUCACAGUAGUCAUGUUGCAUUGUUACCGUGUGACCUCAGAUGCACCAUUUUAGACACGUUGUACUUUUGGGCUGUUAGCGUAGGACAGUGUAUACUG